AUGCCACACGAUAAAGCAUAUGAACUAUGUCGCCGAACAUGUUAUGAAGUUCGUGAUGAACUUAUUUCUUUAUUUGGUCCAGAGUUCCCUUCUCAAGUUUUGGACCCGACGCAACCAGGAUAUGGUCGUCUCACACUCUCUGAUUCUGUACCAACUAAAAAACGCCAAAGGCGCAAGCCAAAAGAUGUGCGUAUUGAUAACUCUCCUUCCGCAAAUAAGGGCAAGACAAAAACUAUCAUCAAAAUGAUGGCUUCUCCAAUCGAUGAUACCACUGGUGAACUUGCUCACGACAUAAUGCAUGAUACCCAUGUCAUUAAUGAUCGCGUUGCUGAUCAGCAUCUUCAUAAUACGGGUUGUCAAGUUCAAGACAACCAUCAUCGUCAUUUGGUCAUUCUUCGUAAACAAAAGCGUCCAGCCGAUGAUAUACACAUUGGUGAUUCUAUCUCUGAAAAUCAGGUCAUUUCUAAACGAAGAAGACAUCAUUCUCCUGAAAAUGGUAGUCUUGGUGACGAUGAAAAUUCUUCCUCUGAUGAUGGUCUCGCUCCUUUGGUAAUCAAUCGUCGUGGCUCGGACUCCGCUUAUUCUAGUGCUUCUCAACGUCAUGAUCAGCUUCAAUUUUCUCCUGUUGAUUCAUCUCUGCAAAAGACUCACCGUGAACUUAUUCAUUCACCUCGUUCUUGUUCUAUUUCUCCUACCUUUACACCUUCUGUUAUUGAACCUGCUCCCAUCACUAACUUUUAUAACCCUUAUCCUCCUCCAACUAUACAUCCCACUUACACUAAUCAGCCUCCAUCACCUUUAACAGAGAAUGAUCUUUAUGAAGCAAUUAAUGCUACUGUUGCUUUGCAACAGUUAUCUCAAGACGAUGGUGCCCGUCCUCUGCGGAAAGAUUCAACUUGUAACGCUUGGCCUCGAAGUUUUAUUAUGGGUAACCGUGAAUUUCAAUUUGUUGGCUGUCGAUAUCGUGUUGUUCGUUACUGGUAA